UUGAAUCCGAAAAAAUAAACUAGGCCCUUACGGUGCCCCAUCGUCGACGCAGAUCAAGGCGCAGCCAAGCUCCAAGAAUAUCAUUGACAUUGUCAUCGUCUUCGACCCUGUUUUAAAGCCCGGAACCCCCCCGCUUCCUCCUUCACGAUGUCAUCUGCUCAAGACGAGUUCAAUCAACUCAUAAACAACAACCGGGAGAAAUUCUCUUCUCAUCCUGAGGACCGUGACAACGACUCGGUUCACUCUUCUGACGCAUCCUCGGAGCACGACGAACCCCAAUUCUCCGACGCCGAAGACACUCCCUCUGCCAUGCACUCCCGCAACCCCAGCAGUUAUCGCGUCCCCAACACCGUGUUCGACGCCAACACUGGCCCCAAGGGUGUCAUCGCCGAUGCCCAGGCCUUUGAGCGUGCUCGCAAGAGCUCCUUCCGCAGAACUCUUCUCGGCGUCGCUGGUCUCGAUCGCUCCCACUACAACAAGUCCGUCAACGACGACGCUACACUCCUCCAGAACUCCUCCCCACCAGAUGGAUCUUCCGCUAGCGAUGAUGAGGAACGAUUCCUUCACCAAUGGCGCGCGGCCCGCAUGCAGGAAAUGCAGGCCCGCAGCCUGAGGAAGCCUAGUCCCCGUCGCAAGUUGUACGGGUCUGUGGAUAUUGUCGAUGCGGUGGGAUACCUGGAUGCUAUUGAGAAGGUCACAUCCGGCACGGUAGUAGUCGUCUGCGUUUAUGACCCAGAGUCCACAACCAGCAGCAUUGUUGAAGACUCUCUCAACACCAUUGCUCGUCGUCAACCCACUGUUCACUUCGUCAAGCUCCACCACGAGAUCGCCGAGAUGGAUCACAUCGAAGCCCCCGCUCUGCUAGCAUACAAGGAUGGCGAUGUCUUUGCUACGAUCGUCGAGAUCUUGAGACAGAUUCCCAAGGGUCGGAGCUGCAGCGCAGACAGUCUUGAAGACCUGCUCAGAUCAUACCGUAUCUUGUAAACGAACAAGCAUUCUAGAAACGCUAAACAUUCCUCUCUUCACGUUCAUAUGACAGCGAUAAUGUUCUCUGCACGAACAAUUCAAAAU